AACUGUCUCAAAACAGCUGAUUGUAGAAAUUGAUGAAAACGAAAAAUUGUAUUAAUUGAAACGCUAUUAAAAAGUAGGUUAAAAAAGGUCAAAUAUCAGUCGCGUCAUUGUCAAGUCUCAAUAAACAGUUGUUAUUAUUUUAGUGAAAUAUAAUUGUUAAGUGUGAAUUUUUUUAAUAUAACAGAUGUUUAUUGUAAGAAAUGUCACAAAUUGAUAUCCAGGAUUUAUUUGAUAAAAGCAGGUUUCCCAGUGGUUGGCAUCUUGUGACUAUAUUUUUGUAUACCCCAGUGGGUCUUUUACUUGUAUUACUAAGAUUAUUAACUGCUUUACAACUUUGGCUCCUUGCAACUCUAUUACCUGACUGUAAUAAUCUAAGAAAUUUUUUAAGUCAUGGAUUUAGUUUUGCUUUUGGAAUUGUGGUGAAGAUUCCUGAAGGUGAAGUUAAAAACAAGCAAUCGAGAAUUAUAAUUGCUAAUAAUGUCUCUGUCUUGGAUCACUUUGUACUAUACAAAGCUACGCAAGCGCUAAGUCCCAGUGUAUGGGAAUUACCACCAAUGCUUAGCAAGACACUGGGUCUACAAAUGAUGGAUAUGACUAAUAAAGAAACUUUAAUUGCCAAUAUAAAACAGUUUCUUUCAACAUCAAAGUGCAACAUUGCAUUGCAACCUGAAUUUGGUACAACCAAUAGUCGUGUUGCCUUGCUAAAAUUCAAUUCUUGGCCAUUUACCAUAGAAACAUCUGUACAACCAGUUGCAAUCAAAGCAUGGAGGCCAGAAUUUACAUCUAUUCGUUUUUCUUCAUUGGCAUCCACAUGGUGGACUGAUGUCUUUUGGUUUAUGUUUGUUCCUUAUACAAUCUUUACAAUUAAGUACCUGAAAAUCAAACAAAAUGCAGAUCCUGAAGUACUAGUAAGGGAAAUAGAAAAAGAUAUAGCAACUAGUCUUGGACUUAAGACAAGUUCUCAUACCGUAUCAGAUAAAGCAGAAUUUGAAAAACGCUGCAUUAUGGAAAAAACACAAAAUAGAAGACUUAAUAGAAGUUCUCCAAAUUCACAAGUCAUACAUAGUAUUGAGAUACAGAGAAUGGUACAGCAAGUCAGUGAAGUGCUUCCAUUGGUCCCUCAUAAUGUAAUUCUUAGAGACCUUUUAAAAACGCGUAAUGUUGAUAUUACAAUUGCCAAUAUACUAGAUGGCAUAGUUACUUAUACUCCAGAUUCAACUCAAGCAACAGCUACACCAUCAGUAUCAUUGAAUCAAUUACAAAUAAGUACAGUUAAGGAUAACAGUAAUGUAGGAUCUUCUUCCUUCCAGGAAAGAAAAGCUAAAAUGAUCAGAGAAGCUAGAGAAAGGUAUAUUCAGAAACAUGGACUUAAAAAUUGCUGACAUUCUUAUUGCAGUUAUGUUCUGGUUAUUGUAUCUUUAUUAAAAACAACUAUAUAUUGUU